AUCCCAACAUGUCCGGGCUCGGUGAGUCUCUCAUAAAAAGAGGAGCAUCAAUUCGUCGGAGCCUUAAAUUCGGCAAGAAUAAACCCGGCAAACAAGAGCCGCUGGUCCCCGUCUCUGAAGGCUCGACGGAGGAGAGGAAGGAGGAUAAAGAGGAGGAGGAGGAGGAGGUGUGGGAGGAGAUGGAGGAGUUGUACACGCUGCCAGAAAUCCCCCACACACCGCUGUCAGUGAUGCAGAUCAAUAAGCUGAUAGAGACGGAGGCGCUGGAGGAGGCUCACCUGAACCUGCUCGCCCUGCGUCAAGAGUUCCAGCAGGAGCGGGACCGGUGCGGCGAGGACUCGCCCAUGGAGCUCGCCAAGAAGGAAAAAGACCUCAGCCUCCUCUACGGAGACCUGAGGAACAAGAUCAACAUCAUCGUGCGCGACUCCAACUCUUCUCCCCCCACAAACAAAGGGCUGCUGGAGUACGUGGCCCGCAUCAUCCAGGAGGAGGAGAAGAGAGCGGAGGAGCCCGGCGGGCUGCAGGGCGGCUGGAUGGAGGCCUGGAGGGAGGCGGUGGGCGAGGGGGUGCGGAUGAAGGUGGAGAGCGUUCACCUGGAGCAGAGGGAGCAGAACGCCUCCUGGCUGGCGGUUCAUCUGGGGCUGCUGGGUAAAACCAUCGUGGAGGAUCUGGAGAACGUGAAGAGGAAGCUGCGCUGGUCGUACCCGCCCAGCUUCAGAGUCUUCAGCACCUACGUGAAGAGCUACCACAGAGUCGUCGGGCAGCACCUGAAGAAGCUGGCGCAGCAGGUGACGGAGCUGAGAGACCUGUACGCCCUGCUGGGCUGGAUCCUCAACGGCUACAAGAG